AUGAUCAAGAGAUUGCUUAUUAAGGCUUCAAACAGCUACGAUAAUAAUUAUCAAGUGGUUCCGGUCAACACGUGCAAGCCCAUCGACAUCGAGUCAGAUAUCGGGGUAUUCAGCUUGAUAGUAAAUGUGAGGAAUUUCGAUGGAUGCAAUGAACACCGUCCGAAUAGCACGUACAAUGUUGGGGACGAAAAGUACUUGGAUGGCAGUGAAGUGGAUGCACCAUCCAAAGGAGAUCCUUCAUACAAGGCCAAUUUGCGGUUGGAGGUAAGCUUCAAGCCCAAACGACAGAUCAAAGGGUCCGAAUUGCUUUUUGGUAAUGACUUCACUGUUCCCAUCAAGUCAUACGUGCCCACAAGCAUUUUGUCUACGGGAUUGAAAUUCUUUACCUAUUUUAUCAACAAAACUAUCAAGGGAGAGAUCUACGGCGAUAAGCCAUAUCUCUAUGGGCUUGCAUUGAACAGCUUUACAUACAUGUCACUCAACCAUGAAAAGAAGGAAGGGGCUACUCUGGAAACUAAGGAAUCCGAGAAGGGAGUAUCAGGCACUUCCACGGGGGACAAUGAUAAGAAUGAGAAUCUUAACUCAAAUGAAGACAAUACUUUAAAGAUUCCGUCCGAACCGACACAGAGAAAACGCUUUUUCAACAACGUCAAUCACUGUGAGAGUUUUGUGUUCAACGAUACCACAAACUAUGUGUUACAAUUCGAUACGUCGUAUCUUAAAAUGGCCGAUUCUAAGUACUCGGUUUCAAUUCCAACAUUUGGCAAUAGGUCCUUCGAUAUAGACGUUUCGAACUACGCUAACGAUGAACUCAACAAUUUUAACUGGGUCAUUAAACAGGGAGGCUACGACGGUGUAGGCUGCGGUACUUUAGGAUUAGUGGUCAACUUUGCUUUGGUCAAUGAAGACUAG